GAGGAAAGUUAAAGAUUCCCUCCCGCGUGUGAAGUUUAAUGCCCGACGCGAAGCGGAGGGCAGUAAUCACACAAGGGAGGGAUAUGUACUUUCCUCCAGAGUUAUACAUAUGAUUUUUUCUACUACCUCAACUUUAAUUUAGCAAAGAUUUUUACGGUAAGAUGACUGCUUGCCAUCUAGUUACACUAAACAAUUUAGGAUGUAUCCAUGGUGAAGUUAUGUUGCCAUGGUAGCGGUAUAAACAGUAGUUUGUGUACUGGUCGUUUCUGUAAUUUUUCAUCAGAAAAUAUGGAAAUAGAAAGUGAUUUAGAGGAAAAUAUUCCCUCAGACAUUUUAGAAGAAGCUAAUCAGGCAUCGCUUGAUCUACUGCCUGCAAAAUCUAGGGACAGAUACGAAAAAGAAUAUAAUGCUUUCAAAAAUUGGAUAAUGGGGAGAAAAGUCAAGAAAAUUGCUGAAGAGGUAAUCAUUCUAAAACGCUUAAACCAUCGACGAUGUGGAGUAAAUAUUCAAUGUUACGUACCACAUUACUUAUAAACGACAACGUUGACAUUAAGUAUGCAAAAGUCAUAGCUUUGCUUAAACGUCAAGGAAAUGGGUAUAAACCAAAGAAAGCUAAAAUUUUCUGUAGGAAUGACCUAAACAGAUUUCUUUCGGAGGCGGCCGAUGACUAUUACUUGCAAAUGAAGGUUGCUUUAAUUAUUGGACUUUCCGGAGCUUGCCGUUGCGAUGAGCUAAUUAAAUUGACAUUGCAUGAUAUUCGGGAUAAUGGAGACAUAUUAGUUGUGAAAAUACCCGAUAGCAAAACAAAAAUGCAAAGAACAUUUGUAAUCACUAACGAAACCAUUAAUGGAACAAGUGUACAUGGAAUUUAUAGAAAAUAUGUUUCAUUACGCUCUGUUAAAACUGAACAUACAAGAUUUUUUGUUAAUUACAUAAAAGGGAAGCGCACCAUCCAAGUCAUAGGGAAAAAUACAAUUGCCAAAAUACCAUAUAAAAUUGCAAGUACCUCGAGCUACCAGAUGCAGAAGGUUACACUGGGCAUAGUUUUCGGCGCACCUCCGCGUCUUUGUUGGUUGAUGCUGGAGGAGAUUUAUUGAGUUUAAAGAGACACGGAGGAUGGCGCUCUACCAACG